AUGGAUGCAGUAUCUCGAAGAUUAUUAAAAGAAUUAAAAGAAAUAGAGAAAGAAGUUAACUCUCAUCCAGAGAUUAUUGAAUUAGCACCUGAAACAGAUGAAAAUUUACUACAAUGGAAAGCAAUCUUGGCAGGAUUACCUGAUACACCUUACGAAGGUGGAAGGUUUGAAUUAUCAAUUCUUAUACCAUCCAAUUACCCUAUUCAACCACCAAGCAUAAAAUUUAUAACCACUAUAUGCCAUCCAAAUAUACAUUUUAAGACUGGUGAAAUUUGUUUAGACAUAUUAAAAUCGACAGCUUGGUCACCAGCUUGGACAUUAAAAUCUACUCUAUUGGCUAUUUCAGUUUUGUUAAAUAAUCCAGAACCUUCUUCGCCUCUUAAUUGUGAUGUAGCCAACUUGUUAAGAUGUAAUGAUAGACUUGGUUAUGAAAGUUUAAUAAGAAUGUAUACCCAUUUAUAUGCAAUGAAGUAG